AUUUUCUUGAUGUCAGCCCACCUCGGCUUCAAUUUUUAACUCCAAAAUGGCUGCAGGUGAUAACUCUAUCAUUAAUGUGCCUGAAAUAGACAAUUUGUUUAAAAUAGAUGGCUAUUUGAAAACACACGAACAAGAAAUUCGUCGAAGGUAUGGUUGUUUCCAAACGUUGGUUGGAAAAAUCGAAAAAAGUGAAGGCAGUUUAGCCCAAUUUGCUGAAGGUUAUAAGACCUAUGGAAUUCACCGGCAGAAUGACAAUAGUAUUAGUGCUGUGGAAUGGGCUCCAGGUGCAGAGGCAGUAUUCCUGAAAGGUGAAUUCAAUAACUGGGCAAUUGAAAGUAGCUGUGAAUUCAAAAGGUCAGAUUUUGGAAAGUGGAAAUUAAGCAUUCCUGCCAACAGUGAUGGUACCUGCCCUAUAAAACAUAAUACUAAAUUGAAACUGGUUAUUAGAACCAAAUCCGGAGAAAUGGUGGAACGGAUCUGUCCCUGGGCUAAGAUUGUGGACAGACCAAAAGAUGUGCCAAUUUAUGAACAGAUAUUUUGGGACCCCCCAACUAAUGAGCAAUAUACAUUCAAACAUUCUCGUCCUAAUAAACCAAACAGACUCCGUAUCUAUGAAUGUCAUGUUGGUAUUGCCUCUUGGGAAGGAAAGAUUGCAACUUACAAAGAAUUUACUCAAAAUGUAAUUCCAAGGAUAAAGAAUCUUGGAUAUAAUGCUAUUCAACUGAUGGCGAUUAUGGAGCAUGCUUACUAUGCCAGUUUUGGAUAUCAAGUGACAAGUUUUUUUGCAGCUUCAAGCCGUUUUGGUUGUCCUGAAGAUCUUAAAGAAUUAGUUGAUGUGGCUCAUGCUAACAAUUUGGUUGUUUUAUUGGAUGUGGUACACAGUCAUGCCUCUAAAAAUGUGGCAGAUGGCUUGAAUCAAUUUGAUGGCACCAAUUCUUGUUUCUUUCAUGAUGGUAGUCGUGGAAACAAUGACUUGUGGGAUUCACGUUUAUUUAACUACACAGAAUGGGAAGUCUUGCGGUUUCUUCUGUCUAAUUUAAGAUGGUGGAUGGAUGAGUACCAGUUUGAUGGAUUCAGAUUUGAUGGAGUAACUUCCAUGAUUUAUCACACUCAUGGUAUUGGACAUGGUUUUACUGGGGACUACAAUGAGUAUUUUGGUUUGAACACAGAUACCGAAUCUCUUACCUAUCUUACUGUAGCUAAUUAUUUUCUGCAAACUACUUAUCCGAACGUCAUCACCAUUGCUGAGGAAGUUUCUGGAAUGCCAGCUCUGUGUAGACCUAUUGCUGAAGGUGGAAAUGGAUUCGAUUACAGAUUAGCUAUGGGGUUACCAGAUAUGUGGAUCAAAUUACUCAAAGAAAAAUCAGAUGAUGAAUGGGAAUUGGGAAAUAUUGUCCACACUCUAGUCAACAGACGAUACGGAGAAAAAUGUAUUGCUUAUGCUGAGAGUCAUGACCAGGCUUUGGUAGGAGAUAAAACUCUUGCCUUCUGGUUAAUGGACAAGGAGAUGUACACCCACAUGUCGGUUAUGUCAGGAGAUAACAUAAUCAUCGAUCGUGGUAUGGCUUUACAUAAAAUGAUCCGUUUGAUCACCAUGGGAUUGGGUGGAGACAGUUAUCUGACAUUUAUUGGUAACGAAUUCGGUCAUCCUGAAUGGUUAGAUUUUCCCAGAGUGGGUAACAACCAGAGUUUUCAUUAUUGCCGUCGACAGUUUAACCUAGCUGAUGAUCCAUUACUCAAAUACAGAUUUCUGAACAACUUUGACCGAGACAUGAUGAGAUUAGAAGAAAAAUAUGGAUGGUUAGCUCAUCCACAAAACUAUGUCAGCUGUAAACAUCAAGGAGAUAAAGUGAUAGUCUUCGAGAGAGCUGAUAAACUUAUCUUCAUAUUUAACUUUCAUCCUUCUCAGAGCUUCACUGAUUAUAAAAUAGGUGCUGAAAUGCCAGGGAAAUAUAGAAUCGUUCUGGAUAGUGAUUCCGAAGAGUAUGGAGGGCACCGAAGACUGGAUCCCAACACAGAGUAUUUAACAUUUAAUGAACCUUGGAAUGGUAGAAAAAAUCAUUUAUUUGUCUAUAUUCCUAGUAGAGUUGUGCUAGUAUUAGCUAGAGUAGAAUAAAAUGAUUUAUGAUAGAUAUAUUUUGAGUCUUCAAACUGCAAUGAAAUUGUAGGCUAUUAUUCUUGAAACUUAUAGUGAUAUAGUCAUCCAAAAAUGUAAUCAACGACAGUCAGUUGAAUCAAUUAUAAUUAAUACCCUUGUUCUCUUAGUUAAGAUAAAUAACAAUAAUUCUUAACAGUCAUGAUUUUUUAAAUAAUGAAAUUUCCUACUUUACAUUUGUCUCACAUCAGUGUGAAGUUCUAUAUCAGAAUUUAGGUCACAAUUCAUUCUAUUUAUGAUUAGUUAAAGGGAGAGGUGCACCAUUUUGGGGGGUUGAUUUUAUUCUUGAAUAUAUGUAAUAGUUUUCAGAAGUAUUAGAAAUGUACGAAAAAUGCAUAAUUCUUCAAAAAUAUAUCAAACUAGGAAUUUCUCUUUUAUGUUUUUAUAUAUGUCUUUUGUAUAUAUGACAGUGUCUUAAGAAAAGAAGACUCGUCUUUUUAGCUUUCAAACACAGAUAAUUCUAGAAAUUUUGACAUUGAGCUGUGAACACUAUUACUGAUUAACUUAGCUAAAUAAUUCCUGUUUCUGAGACUAAAGUGUGAUAAUAAUGGCGCAUCUGUCCCUUUAAGUUGCAUUUGUGCCACAUCUCAAAUUUUUGACAGUGAGCUGUG